CCCAUAAACCCUUCGCCAAGAAAUAUUACACACAAAAAGCAAUUCACAACAACUUUCCAAUUUUCUUUCAACUGCCAUUAAUUUUGGUGUUUCAAGUUCUGGUUUUAGUGAUCGUCAAAGAAGAUGAUGAGUCGUGGAGCAACGACUGUAGUCCGAUCAGUGAUGGGUCAAAUGGGUCCACGUUUGUUUUCAACCGCAGCUGGAAACGCUUCCAUUACCGGUGUGAUGAGAGCAAACGCUGGCCUCAUCGGAUCUGAAAAGGCGGUGGUGACAUGGUGGAUCACGUCGUCUCCGAUUGGCGCUCGCCAUGCGAGUACGAUGACAUUGGGGGAGAAAGUACAGCAGCCGGAUCAGAAGGAAGAGGCAACUGGUAGCGGCGGCGCAGCCGCCGGUGGUCAGAAAGGUAAAGAGGUCGUCAGUUACUGGGGUGUACAACCACCUAAAGUUACGAAGGAGGAUGGUUCAGAAUGGAAGUGGCAUUGCUUCAGGCCAUGGGAGACAUACCAAGCAGAUCUCUCGAUCGAUCUAAAGAAGCACCAUACUCCGACGACGUUUUUGGAUAAACUAGCAUACUGGACUGUCAAAUCUCUCCGUUUCCCUACCGAUGUUUUCUUUCAGAAACGAUAUGGAUGUCGAGCAAUGAUGCUUGAAACCGUCGCCGCCGUUCCCGGAAUGGUCGGAGGAAUGCUCCUUCACUGUAAAUCCCUCCGACGUUUCGAGCCCAGUGGUGGGUGGAUCAAAGCUCUAUUAGAAGAAGCAGAGAACGAAAGAAUGCAUCUAAUGACUUUCAUGGAGGUUUCCAAACCAAGGUGGUACGAACGUGCCCUGGUUUUCACUGUUCAAGGCGUCUUCUUCAACGCCUACUUUCUCGCAUAUCUUGCUUCUCCUAAACUAGCGCACAGAAUCGUGGGAUACCUUGAGGAAGAAGCAAUUCAUUCAUACACUGAGUUCUUGAAGGAGCUUGACAAAGGAACCAUUGAAAACGUCAAAGCUCCAGCAAUUGCUAUCGAUUAUUGGCGUCUUCCUGCUGAUUCAACUCUUCGUGAUGUUGUCAUGGUUGUGAGAGCAGAUGAAGCUCAUCAUCGUGAUGUUAAUCACUUUGCUUCGGACAUUCAUUAUCAAGGACUUGAGCUUAAAGAUUCUCCAGCUCCUAUAGGAUACCAUUGAAGAAGAUCCAAAAUCUGAUCUAAUAAUUUUCCUUUUGGUUUUAUAACUCUUGGAUAAACGUGAUUGUUCUAUAAUCUUGUACAUACUCUAUGGUGGUUUAUUGUUGGUUUAAUAUGAGAAUCUUGAUGUUAUAAA